AUGUAUCAUCACAGUCUUCGUCAAGAUGUUUUUAUAAAGGACGAGUACCAUUAUUUAAACGUUUCUAAAGUUGGAACGUUUACAGCGUAUGACAGCCUUGACUGCACCUUUGAAUGCCUCGGCAAUCCUUCCUGUUUGUCCUUCAACCUGGCAGCUUACAAAGGAGCAGAUGGAAAGUUACGGUGUGAGUUGUUAUCCUCAGAAAAGUACAGCAAUCCUGAGGAAUAUAAAAGGAACGAGAGUUUUCAUCACUUUUCCAUCAAGGUGAGGUAAAAUCUUUGCAUAGAGUUUAUUAAAGUAAGAUAUUUUUUGAUAUCCCAGUCUAUGCGACUUUUAAUAACCUGUCACGAACACUAAUCGACGUAAAAGUGACUACUGCACGAUAACAAGUCGGGGUUAUUCAGUUGGAAUGUCACUUUCUCCUUAUUUUUUCUUACUUCUGCCAUCAACACUUUUACGCAAAACAAAAUUACCUUAACUAUAUGGCAUUUGACAUCAAUUUUUUUUUGUAAAAUUAUUUCAGACUCCAUGUAUGUCAUCACCUUGUCAGAACGGAGGCACCUGUGUAGCGAACUAUAAGUAUCACUCGUUCGACUGCCGUUGCAAAGAAGGGUUCUAUGGAGAAUUUUGCGAAAAAGGUAAUUGAUAUUCAGACCGGGGCCCCUGUUCAAGUUAGGACAACCAAACUUAGCGGCUUUACCUAAAAUUUAUCUAGAAAAAUUUUAAAGGCGUUGUGACGUGACCGAGUUUUGACAGCCAUGUUUUUCAGAAUUUGCUUUUCCUCUUAAAAAAAUAGGUUUAAUUGAUUUCUUUUUUUUACUGAUUGAAUUAUUACGUUAUCUACUUCUUUUUUUCAGUUGCCAAGUCCUCAUGCCAAGAUGUUUAUAAUCAGCUCACAGAAAAGUGAGUAAACCUAUGCAUGGUAAUUUAAUUGAUGAGGAUAGAUCACUUAAAGUCCGGGGGGAUCAUUCGGAGUGCAUCAGUACUGUGUUUAUAAGCCAAAAAUCAGCCGUCAGGCCUCAAAAACGGAAUACAAUUGUGUUCCAGAGAAAGUCGAUAUCACUUAAUUAAUUGUACAUGUUAGAAGUCGUAUCGUGGCUGAUGGAUUCUAUUUCAGCCUUUGUUCUCCACUCUGGAAAACUUAGGGUUAUUAGAGACCUUAACUUGUAAAAACUGUUGAAUUUUUAAAAGAAAUGAUUGGUACUGUUCAGAUAAUAAAAACCAUAAUCUGUGAACACCACCAUCCUGCAAUGAAGGCCCUCCAGCAAAAAAAGUUGUUGAUGAAAAGCGGUGGAACCCCGCCGUUUCGCUUAAUAAGAACACCCGUAUAAAACGAAUGGUUCGUUUGUACCGACAAAAAGUUCAGAUAUUCUAGUGCUCAUAAGUAAACCUGGUUAAUAUGGAAAACGAAAACUUUUCUUGUGUGCCGAGUCCCAAACUGUCAUAUAAUAAUUAUCGUAAACUCCCCCGGAAGGUCCUCAAUAAUGUUUUGUAGGGGAAGCUUAGCCCUGGGUCUAACUCCUUACGUUUUAUGCCCGUCAUUUUUGCAGAAUAGGUACUCCUUUCGUAUACCAUUCCAUUCGUCUCUAAUGGUUAAAGGUUCGAGUGGCUUGUUGCAGGCACUUUAUCCCCAGGGGGUACUCAACAAAUUUUUACGGUGAUAAUCCCUGCCCCAAAGUCCACGUCCUUACCUUUUCACAUACCUUUUGGCGGUUGAGGGGUGGAGUGGCUUGUUACAGGCACUUUAUCCCCAGGGGGUACUCAACAAAUUUUUACGGUGAUAAUCCCUGCCCCGAGGUCCACGUCCUUACCUUUUCACAUACCUUUUGGCGGUUGAGGGGUGGAGUGGCUUGUUACAGGCACUUUAUCCCCAGGGGGUACUCAACAAAUUUUUACGGUGAUAAUCCCUGCCCCGAGGUCCACGUCCUUACCUUUUCACAUACCUUUUGGCGGUUGAGGGGUGGAGUGGCUUGUUACAGGCACUUUAUCCCCAGGGGGUACUCAACAAAUUUUUACGGUGAUAAUCCCUGCCCCGAGGUCCACGUCCUUACCUUUUCACAUACCUUUUGGCGGUUGAGGGGUGGAGUGGCUUGUUACAGGCAUUUUAAAAUGAGCUCAGACCAUACAAUGGCCAAUGGGCAGAAAGACUGCCUUAUCAAAAUCAAACUUGCGCGCUAUUUUAAUUGGAGUUUCUUUUUUUAGUAACAAAAUCAUAUUAACCCACAGAAAUCUGUAAUUUUUUGAAAAAGGUUCAUUGUAUGCAAUUAGUACGUGGUUGUGACGAGGAAAUAGGCAGUGGCAGCUAUAGGUAGCCAGUGGUCACCAGUGACCAUAAAGCGGGGUUGGCGACAUGAGAUUUUAAGACUUGGGAACACAGAAAAGUGUCCGUUCUCCGUCUUAACUGUUGUCCUUAUUAAACGGGUUGGAGAAAGUACGUGAGUUCAAUAAUUAAAACAUGCAAAACUGACUACUGAAUAUCUGUGUAACAUGUUCUGAGUAGUUGUCAAAAACAACCAAUCCAAGUCUUACAGGUAGCUCGCGGGUAAAAUAGGGGUUCUUGACGUCAGAUGGGAUAAACAUCAUGCGCACCAUUUUCGCCGUUUUUCGGUCGCCCCUUUGCCCUUUUUUUCUGAACAUCUGCUACGCUGUUUAGCCAUCUUCGAUGUCCGAAUUUAAUUCCUACAGAACACUUUAUUAAAAUACACUUUAUUAAAGUUAGUUGAAGAGCAGAACAGCUUGGUAUCAUAAAGCCAAAAUAAAUAUCAACCUGUGCUGGAGGUGAAAUUAUAUCAGUCCAAAGUACAUUAAUCGUGUAGUAACUCCCAGUAACAUGAUGGCCAACCUGAGAAAUUUAGAUUUAACUAAGACUGUAUUGAAUUCCAUUGAUUCAUUUAUUUUUGUAAGAAAAAGCGAACCUUUUUUUUUACAACCAGUUACGGUACAUUCCAUUUUUUCUCUCCGACGGUUAGGAGCUGGAAAAACUAAAAUGAGAUUUCAUUGUGUAUAGGUUAAACGUGACACAGUUGGUCACUCUCCUCCUUGACUCCAAACUAGUUUCAGUUCUCUGUCACUUUGGAAAUUUUGGAUGCGGAGAUGGAGGAUGGACGCCGGUCAUGAAGAUGGACGGCAACAAGGUAAGACAUUUGUGAACGUUUUCCUUUAGUUUGUCGACGAGAGUGAAAAAAAAAUGUGUUAUUAAUAAUUAAAUACAGGUUUGCCUCUGUCAGAGGUAAUUUUCAAUUAUCCUAGCCUACGAAUAGAGCCGUUUCUCCUUGCUCCUCGUCGCUAGGGACGUUUCAUCAGGAGGAACGUCUGCACCUCAGCGCAGAAAUUCCAUACUAAUGAUGUCAAAUUGCAAAAUUUUCUGGGGCAGCAUAACCCCAGCCUCAAAGUUUCAGGCGCCUUCGGCGCUCUAACUUUUCUUCUCGUUGGUACAUGCUAAGUCCCUGGAUCUGAAAGAUUUAAGUAUUAAGAACACCUUUAAGCUUCCGGAAUAUCUCGGUCAGUAGCAGAGGUCAGCUGCCCUUUCUGUCAGACGAUGUCAAGGUUUUCAUCAAAACGCAGAAGCCUGGUCUCAGUACUUGCGAAUACGGGAGAGUUAAUAAAAUAUAAUUAUAUUCAAUUCGGCAUUUUUCAAUCGCAUGAAUGAUUAAAGAGUGCAGUAUUUGUUUACUUUGUUUUUUAUUGGUGACGGUUAACGCCAUUUCGCCAGCUGUGGCUAAUUUCAUUUUAUAUUAUAAAGCUGGAGAAGCGAGGACGUUCCAGAUAUUCUUUCCAUUGUAAUGGAUCUUUCAUUGCAAAAUCUUUUUUUCCUCUUCUCCUGUAAGGAUUUUGCCUUUAGAAGAAAAAAGAAACCUUAAUUUUAACUUUUCUUUUUAAAGAACAUUUUUCCUAUUUCUUCCUCCUUUCUACCAUAGCAAACAUUUCAUUACGAUACAUCAUUUUGGAGAAACAAAGAAACCUUUAACCUUGACGGAGGGAAGACUAGGUUUGACUCACAAGAGACUAAACUGCCCUCCUACUGGAACACAUCCUUCUCCAAGAUCUGCCUCGGUAUGAAGAUCGGCCAACAGAUCAGGUUUAUUGUCGUCAACCAGCAGGCGAAUUCCUUGUACUCUCUGAUCGCUGAUGGGCAAUACCGCAACACUUCACUGGGUCGCGACACGUGGAAGUCGCUGAUUGGUUCUAAUGCGUCCUUGCAGGAAAACUGUAACAAGGAAGGGUUCAAUGCUGUUUCUGGUAAACCUGGUUAUUCCAAAGCAAGAAUCGGUAUCAUUAAUAACAACCAAGACGAUUGCGCCUCUUGUAACUCUAAAAUUGGAUUUGGCACUGGUGGAAGGCCUGAUGGGAGCAACUCAUGUGGAAACGUGGCUGAAUUGUAUCCAGAUAAUGGCAAUAAGCAUAUUAAGACAAUGGGAUACAUUUUGGUGCAGUAA